CUCCAAAGAGUCCCUGCAAAGGACUGGGGGGUUCAGAUGGAGACUUUAAUAAGUAGAACAAACACACUGAAAUAUUCAUAAAUAUAACAGCAGCAGCAGCAACAGCAGCAGCUCCCCCCUUCCAAAGGCUCAGUUCGAAAGAAGACAGCCUUUCACUGCAAGCGUGUUGUUGCCUCUCCCCUCUGUUACAUGAGUGAGCUGAUAAUGCACUAUCAGAGCUAGCAGGACACUAUAUAGAGGGGCUUGCUCUGCAACCUUUACUAAGCCUGCAAUUGUUGGCUCCUUCUGGCUCGCCUCAUUGUUUCCAUCUAUGCAGCUUCUCCUUGGCUUGCUGGCUUCAGAAGGCGCUCCCAGAGAUUUUCUUCAAAAGGACUUUACCCUCCACACUAGGACUGCACCAUCCAAAAGGUUCUCGUAUUUCUUUCCAGAGACGUGGUGAGGGAUGGAUAGCCCAGCAGAGACCUCAAGCCUGCUACUCAAUUCUUCCCUGGAAGCUUCGGAGCAAUGUGGCAAAGAGACCCACAUGGAGAACAUCCUUUUUGCAACUUUUUAUCUCCUGGAUUUCAUCCUGGCUCUUGUUGGCAAUGCUCUGGCUCUCUGGCUCUUCAUCCGGGACCAGAAGUCAGGUACUCCAGCCAACAUCUUCCUGAUGCAUCUUGCUGUUGCUGACUUGUCUUUUGUGCUGAUACUUCCCACCCGGGUGGUAUACCAUUUUUCUGGCAAUCACUGGCCAUUUGGUGAGAUCCCAUGCAGACUUACUGGUUUCCUCUUUUAUCUCAACAUGUAUGCUAGCAUCUACUUUCUCAUGUGCAUCAGCGUUGACCGCUUCCUAGCCAUUGUGCAUCCUGUGAAGUCCAUUAAACUCCGCAGGUCACUCUAUGCUCACUUAGCAUGUGCCUUUCUAUGGGCUAUAGUUGCUGUUGCAAUGGCACCUCUGUUGAUCAGUGUGCAGACAGUCCAGAUGAAUAAUACAACUGUCUGCCUGCAACUUUACAGAGAAAAGGCAUCACGCCACGCUCUUAUAUCCUUGGCAGUGGCAUUCACCUUUCCAUUUGUUACUACAGUGACUUGCUACUUAUUAAUCAUCCGCAGCCUAAAAAGUGGCAACAGAGUUGAGAAGCACCUGAAGGAAAAAGCCAUCAAGAUGAUCAUCAUGGUUCUAAUGAUCUUCCUGGUCUGCUUUGUACCCUAUCAUGUCAAUCGCUACAUUUAUAUUCUCCAUUAUGAUGGCACCAAGACUUCCUGUGAAACUCAGCGAAUCCUGGCUCUAAAUAACCGCAUCACUUCUUGCCUCACUAGCCUGAAUGGCGCCCUUGACCCAGUCAUGUAUUUCUUUGUAGCUGAGAAGUUCCGUGAAGCCUUAUGCAGCUUGUUCUGUGGCAAAAAGGCUGUAAUGUUGCCUCAGACUUAUGAAGGAAAGACAAAUGAGAGCUCACUAAGUGCUAAGUCUGAACUGUGAGCAAGUGAAUACAUUUGCUUUCACUUCCGGAUCCAAGAACCCUUUUUCUAACCAACCCAGCUAAGAGAUUUUUUAGUGUGAAAGCCAACAAAGACAAAUGAUGCUAUACCUAGGGUCAGUCUCCUCCUCCUCAAAGUCUGAGAAUCAGUUCAUUCAUCUGAACGCAGCUAAAAGGAGCAAAGGCUAAUUUCCUAGAAAAGAUGUGUUGCAUUCUCAGUAAAUCAUAAGACAUGAAACCAACUGAUGUUUGACUACUUCAUGGUAGGAGCAGGAAGCAAGAAAUUAGUCAAAUCCCAAUUUCUUCAUCUAAAAGACAACACACUCCAGCUGGAUUCAAGCAAACACAGACCACACCAAGAAAUAAGCCAAUUAGCAUCACAGCCCUAAGAUAUAGCUUCUGAUCUUUUCCCUGCACAACCUAGAAACCCUUCCCUGAAAUCCAAUGUUAUUUUCACUGUGGAGGUUGUUUUGAGGUGGCAGAGGGUAAAGCAUGUCUAGAUCUACUGUGUAGAAUUCACAGAGAGUUUGGAAUAGAGUGGAUAAGGGAUUCCUGUAAAACAGGAAGAAGGAAAAACCUUUGAUGGGACCAGCCAGGGGCCAGAAUUAAGGGGGGACAGCCACAGUUUCCAAACUAAAGAGGUCUAAGAUAAAAAAGCCUCAUUUGUGCAGAGCAUUGGGCCAUAUACAGUAAAAGAAAAAUCACAGUAUUAUUUUUACUUGUCCUUAGAAUGGUGGGCCAUGGUCCCAUUAGCUGUGUGCACCUACAGGUUUGGCAGCAUUUUCUAAACUAGUUUUGUUAUACAGUCUUCUAUGAAUUAUUGUUGCCUGAAAUGAUCACAGUACGAUAAAGAUACCAACACAGAGGGAAUCAUGAGAUGUGGAUCAGGAAAACUGCAAAUCAAGGGAAGCUUUAUUUCCUUUUAGUAAAUGCUGAACCUGAAACUCUGAAUUUCUGCAAAAUAGUUAACCAAAAAGAAAAUAGGCAGGUGUGCUGAAGAAGUGUAACCCAGCCCACCUUGGAGGACGCUCAAAGAUUUUUAAAGGUAUUUUAUAAUUAUUUACAUUCUGCUUCAUAUAUUUUGGCUGUUCAAACAUUUUGUCUGCUACAGAUGAUUGCUAACCUAUGUUAGCUUCACUACCCUCCCUACAAUAAACUACUCCCAGUGAAAUGAACCCAGGAAGAAAGCAGGGAAGGAAAGGGAGAUAAUGAAGUACAAGCUGACAGAACAGAAGAACCCAUAAGGAAUUGUAUUAUGCCAAUCAUGUUUCCCUGGAAAGAUGGGAACUACAUUAAGCCAUACAACAGUCCAGUCGUAUUUACAUAUACUUUUCAUGUCAUUAGGAGAAACUCCAUGCGUCUUGCAGAGUUUGGAUCCUAAAUUAUGAAGUCAAACAGCUUUGUAUUGUAGUUGAUAGUUGCUGGAAUCCUGACUGCUUCCUCAGAAGAUAGAAUCAUAGAAAGUUAGGAUUGGAAGGGACCUCAGGAGGACAUCUAGUCUAACCCCCUGCUCAAAGCAGAACCAUUCCCAGCUAGAUCAUCCCAGCCACAGCUUUGUCUACCUGGGUUUUGAAGACCUCCAAGAAUGGAGCUUCCACUUCUCUGGGUAAUCUGUUCUAGUGUUUGACUACCCUUCUAGUGACAAAAUUCUUCCUAAUAUCUAACCUAAACUUCCCUUGCUGCAACUUGAGACUGUUGCUCCUUGUUCUGUCAUCUGCCACCACUGAGAUACCCUGAACUGCUCACGGAUACUAUGCAGACUGGACAGAGGAAUAAACCAGGGAGCUGAAAAGAAAAUCCAAGGACUUUACUUCCGGAAGGCAGGCUGUUGGAUUUGUGGAGGACUACUUUACAGAGAAGGAAUUACAGAGGUCUCCUUGCUGGACAAGGCACAGCUGCAACCUUCUCCUUCCAUUUCCUAUUUUGGUUGCCUCUUAGGCAUGACCGUUUCCCUUCAGUGACUCUCCCAGAUCCUGCUGGACAGACAUAUGAAUCCUGAAGCUAGAUUAGAAUUCUGCAGCAUAGUAAACUACAAGUGCCUAGCUCUGUUCUUACCAUGAUGUGCUUUUGUGCAUGUUUCCUGCCUUGUUUAUAUUUAUCUUGUCAAUUUUUAAACAAAAUUUUCUGGGAAGUUUGUUUGUACAUAUUUCACAUCUGUAAAAUGAAUAAUUUUAAAGAGCCAGUGAGGACACAGUCUUUAUGUGAACACAGAUUCCCUCUUAGUAUUUUGCUAAGUGCUCAGGAGUCCUGGCCGUGGCUGCAGUAGGCCAGCUCCCUUUUGUCCUUCACCUGCUAUCUUCUGCAUAGAAUCCUUUGCUUUGCCCAUCAGUCUCCUGCCUCUUCCUGACUCUAUCCACAAUCUAUUGGUUUCUGUCUUCUGUCUCUCCUCGCAUUUUCCUAGAUGAGGAAAACCUUAACCUUUUCUUUCCAUUUUCUCACUUUUUAACCAAUGUCUGGCUCAGAGUUCAUUUUAUACCUUUAUUUCCCUAAAAGUACUUCUGCUCUCACAUUCACAGUCAACUGUCAGGACCCCAACAGCUCCUGCUCUCCCUUACCUGCCAGCAUUCUUCACAAAGCCCAGGUCAGCAAGUGCCACAUCACAGAGCUCACAACGGAAGCAGUCUGGGUGCCAGUUAUUGUUCAUUGCCUUGAUCACUCGUCCGAUAAUGAACUCACCUUGGAAAGGAAAAUACAACCCUUAGAUGAAAGUAAAAACUUUGCAGCAAGAAUCCUUCCCCUCCCCAUUGCUGUUCCCUUUUAAUGUUCCAAGGCCUUGUAUACACUGACUCCAAAAACAUCAUUCCAUCCCAGGUGUCCAAUAUCAAAAACAUGACUUUCUUGUUGCUCACUGCUCAACUUCUGUUUCUGUUCAGAGAUCCCCCUCUUCAAAGUGACCCUUAGGUUAGAAUUUUUAUUACCAUGAAGGAAUAAUUCCUUCCCCAUGACAUCCACCAAAGGAAAGAGAGAGGCUGGACACAUUUACAUGUGGAUAUCUUACCACAUUCCCCGCAGCAAGGUGCAAACAGCAUCUGGAAAUCAUGUUCACAAUACUUCCGACCUUCAAACUGUAAACAAAACAAAGGAGACAAAGCCCUGGGUAAAUUACAAACUAUCCACAAGAAAAAUUCAAAUGGUAUUGUUAGUGUUUGCAUGUUUGUAAAGGUCCAUAACUCCCUCUCUCAGUUGUUUAUUAUUUCCUUGAAAAGAAAUCCUUGGGUAAUGAAACUUUCCAUAUUUGCACUCAGUCCCAUACUGACUUUUCAUGGGAAGUGGAGUUAAAUCAGCAAGGGUAUUUUUAGGUUAGGCAAAAGAUGUAGGGAAAGGGGAAAAGACCAUCACAUACAACCCCACUUUUCCAUGAUUGGCUUUUUCUAUGCUUUUAUUUUAUGUUAACAUCAUUUAAAAAAUAAGCUCUACCACAAUCAUCCCCCAGAAAGAUGUACCUUUGGGACCUAAUGGUCACUGCCCAUUCACCUUUAACAGCGAUGUCUGAACUAGCCCUGAAAGAUCUUUAUGCACUGGCUAGGGAAAGGCAGAGAAGCACUAAAGUGCUUGAAUCUGCAGUGUGCUGAAUUCGAUUCCCACAGUGCCAAUAAGAGAGAAGGAUGCUCACUAAGCAUCACCCUGUAUCAGAUUUAAGGAACAAGUCUGAUAACUGUCUGCAGCUUCCCAGAUGCAACCACCUCACCUCAUAGAAGAGUCCAUCUGGGAACUGUCGAAAACACUGAGCGCAGACAAAGCAGUUCUCAUGAUAAAGCUCCCCAUUGCUGUUCACAAUCCUCUCUGCAGGAUCGAAGCGAGCCUGGCAGCGAUCACACACUGCAUUUGCAAGGGCAUCCGACAUAUUACUGGGGGGGAAUAAAGGCAAGAAUCAGAACACAAGCAAUAGCACACAUAGUCAUAUGAACACGGAUACGCCACACUUGUUAACACCAGGAAUUUUCUCCUUAGUUUUGUUUUACUUAAAAAGAAAAAGAAAAUAAUUUAAAAAAAGGAAGAUUAUUCAGUAUUAUAUAUAUUCACAUUAAUGUAUAUGUAUAUGACCUACAUGUUAUAUAGCUCUCACCUGAGAACAGGUGAGAACCAUAUAAAAAUUUGCAGACGCAUGUGAAGUCUUCAUUUAUUGGGCACUUCUGAUGGUUUCACUUUCCCUUUGCACACCAAUCCAUGUCCUAACAAGUUACACCAGUCAGACACUACAGACACACUGUGUAAAGUAACGAGGAAAAGAAAAACUAAGACACACCUUGCAAAAAAUGGUUUGCUUUUCUUUUCCUCAAAUGUGAACUGCUUCACCCUCUUUCAAAAUAAGACAAAUUUGCCAGUGAAAUGGCAGGAAUGGAUUCAGUCCAGGUUCUUCAUGUAUUAAAAUGUCACAGCUUUAGAAUUCUGUUAGUCCUCAUGCCUCUGAAGGGCUAGGAAAGGGAACUAAUAAUGAAACAGGAGGGGAAGAGUUCCAGUUUCUUAAUGGGAGCAGCUCUGUUAAAUUCCAGAAUGCCCCUAAGUAUCAUGCUUUAAUAUUGUGGCAUUUUAUGUACAGGCAAGUUAUUUCAUGCCAUUCCUAAAUUGUUUUAAGGCUCCCCCUGAGCUUUGUGUUGCUGGACUGCAAGUACUUUUACAGCCGGAUGGAUUUAAAGAUAAUCUCAAUAUUUUUAAGAAUCUCAAACAUUUAUGCAAUAGUUUCCCUGGGGUACAAGAUGCAUGCACAAAAUGUGUGAGGAAUCAGUUGGUAUACACUGCUUAAAUCAAUACUUGUUCACUAUGAGCAACUACACCCCAGGGAAUUACGUGUAGAAAAAUUCAAAAUUAUGAACAGAAAAAUUCAAAAUUUUGCAAAAUGAAUUACUUUGUUUUUUUCUACAAAUUAAACUAAAUAUAAAGCUA